UCAGUCCCAGCUGAACCACCGUCACGGAAUAACCGUUUGCGCAGUGUUCUAAAGUUAACUCGCGUGAAGAAAGUAAACCAGUAGAGAAGAAGAGACAGAGACAGAGAGAGAUAGAGCGCGCGAACAAGUGAGAAGGGAUCGAGUGUUGAAUCCAUAGUGAAGUUGCUAAAGUUAAAAGUGUAAAAGGGAGAAUUACAACAUAAAUUCCAAAAGAAACGAGUAAAAACAUCCCACCAGCACCCUAGCGCUUGAAGUGGACAGUAAUGGCGAAGAAAGGGAAGGCUAAAAAUGGGGCAGUCACCGGCGAAGGAGAACAAGUGGCUGCGCCGGCGGCUCCAGCAGCUGUCAAUGCACCGGCGGCAGCAGCAGCAGCAGUAGCAGCCGUUCCAGCACGACCAGUCGAGAAGCAGGCCGCUCCCGUGCAGCAGCCAGCAGCCAAAGAGGUGAAGCUCGAGGUGAAGCCCGCCCAGCAGGCAAAUGGUGCCGCUGUACAGAACGGUGCCGAAGCCGGUGCCGAGCAAGGCGAACUGAGACGCAAGCGAAGCCGGCGCGGAGCUCGCAACGAUAAGAAGAAGUCGGACAAGGACGAUCAGUCGAAGGCGCCCUCGAACCUGACGGCGCGCAAGAAUCUGCGCAAAAAGCGCAGCAAGCUGAUGCGCAUGCUGGAGCAGGCCGAGGCGGGCCCAGCGGCCCCGCCCGCUGCCGAUGGGGCACCGGUGCAGACGCCGGAAGAAAUUCGCAAGAAGAUCGAGAUCGUCGAAAACUUGCUGCAGCUGCUGCAGGCCCAAACGCAGGAAGAGCGCAAAAAGAUAGAAAGCCUCAAGAAGGCACAGUCGGCGGAACAGCAGGAGGCGGCCGCGAAGAAGACGGAACAGCCGCCGCAGAAGACGGCGGCGGCGGCGCCCGGUUCGCCCAAGAGCCUGACCACGGAAAAGGCGCGCAAGGAGGCGGAGGCGAAGAAGCUGGCCGGCGAGAAGGCGGAAAUCCAGAACGAGGCGAAGCGGCUGGCACAGGAAAAGGCACGCAAGGAGCAGGAGAUGAAGAAGCUGAUCGCGGAGAAGGCGAAAAAGGACGCGGAGGCAAAGCAGCUGCUGGAGGAGAAGGCGGCCCGCGAAGCGGAACUGGCCAAGCUGACGCAGGCGCAGGCACGCAUCGAAACGGUGGAGCAGAAGAUUAACCAGCUCGACCAGAAGGUGCAACAACGAAAGGAGGCGGAGGAGCCGAAGGUGGCGGCCGCGCCAGUGCCGGCAGCGGCGGCGGCUCCUGGUAGUCCGAAACAAAAGAAGGAUCAGGCGCGCACGCGCAAGGAUUCGGAAUCGAGCAAGAAGAAGGAGGCAGAAGAUAAGGCGAAGAAGGAUGCGGAAGAGAAGGCCAAGAAGGAGGCGGCUGAAAAGGCGAAGAAGGAAGCGGAGGAGAAGGCCAAGAAGGAAGCGGCUGAAAAGGCCAAGAAGGAAUCGGAAGAGAAGGCCAAGAAGGAGGCGGCGGAAAAGGCCAAGAAGGAGGCCGAAGAGAAGGCCAAGAAGGAGGCGGCUGAAAAGGCGAAGAAGGAAGCGGAGGAGAAGGCCAAGAAGGAAGCGGCUGAAAAGGCCAAGAAGGAAGCGGAAGAAAAGGCUAAGAAGGAGGCGGCUGAAAAGGCGAAGAAGGAGGCCGAAGAGAAGGCCAAGAAGGAGGCUGCUGAAAAGGCGAAGAAGGAAGCGGAGGAGAAGGCCAAGAAGGAAGCGGCUGAAAAGGCCAAGAAGGAAUCGGAAGAGAAGGCGAAGAAGGAGGCGGCUGAAAAGGCCAAGAAGGAAGCCGAAGAGAAGGCGAAGAAGGAGGCGGCUGAGAAGGCCAAGAAGGAGGCCGAAGAGAAGGCGAAGAAGGAGGCGGCUGAAAAGGCCAAGAAGGAAGCCGAAGAGAAGGCAAAGAAGGAAGCGGCUGAAAAGGCGAAGAAGGAAGCUGAAGAGAAGGCCAAGAAGGAGGCGGCUGAAAAGGCGAAAAAAGAAGCAGAGGAGAAGGCGAAGAAGGAGGCUGCAGAAAAGGCCAAGAAGGAAGCGGAAGAAAAGGCAAAGAAGGAGGCGGACGAAAAGGCUAAGAAGGAGGCGGCCGAAAAGGCGAAACAAGAGGCGGCUGAAAAGGCGAAAAAGCAAGCAGAAGAGGAAGCAAAGCGGAAAACGAACGGCGAAGCGGCGAAACAGGCCAACGGAUCGGCAGCGGCGGCCGCCCCAGCACAGGAAAAACCGGCCACCUCGAAGCAGGACGCCAAAAACAAUAAAAAGAACAACAAACGCACCCCCAAAAACAGUGUGUCGGAGGAUGAGAAGAGCACAGCCAAAGCGACCGGUCCAAAAAACGGACCGGGCGGCGAUUUUGCCUCCUCUGCUGAACCCGCCACGGUAGCAAAAUCGCAGGAAAGCCACUCAGCACCAGUCCCCGUCCCGCCGAAGACCGCCGAAGCUGCUCCUGCCUCCCCGAAACCCUCUCCGAAAGCCAACGCUGGCAAUAAACAGGCCGCCCCAGUGAACGGCAAGCAACAGACACCACCGACCAAGACGCCCGAAAAGACGCCCGCCCAGCCAAAGACGGCCGCCCGAUCGUCACCGCCAAAGACCACGGCCAAGGCACCGUCUCCACCGAAAACAGCACCGGCGGCCGCUGCCCGUGCCGCACCCGCCAAACCCAGCACACCACCCGCGUCAAAGAAACCGGAACCGCCGCCCAAGCCCGAAUUCCUCAAGAAGAAGUCACCCUCGGUCGAGAAGGAAAAGGUCGUGAAGGCGGCAGCACCGCAACAGGUCUCUCAGCCCCCUGCAGCGACAGCCACCCCGCCCAGCUCAGCAACACCUGCCACACCUGCCCCUGCCACCACCGUUCCAGCAACUCCUGCCUCAGCACCUGCACCUCAGGCGGCUGCGGCAGCACCUCCCGCCCAGGAAGGUACCGCCGUGUCGGCCCGCCUCACCGAGGAAGCCCUGAACGGGGCGAAGAAACCUGCCACUGCCGGCACUGCCAACAAGCCGAAACCGGCGCAGAAGAAGCCGGACGUGCCGCCGAAGCCGGACGUGCACAGCAAGAGCGCGGCCAAGAUGAAGACCCCGAUCAAGCAGCCGGGCGGCAAGGCGGCCAGCUCCACGUCUGAUUCCAGGUCGGCGGCGGCAGCGGAGCUAAGUAGAACGGAAGCAUUUAAGAAAAACAUGGACAUUAUAUCGACCAUCGCGGACGUGCUGCUGUCCUGCUCGCGCUCGAAGAAGAACCGCACCGCGGAGCGGCCGGCGGCUAACGCGCCCGAACCGCCUACCACUAACACAAGCAGUAAUUCACCCUCCUCAUCUUCCAAUACUAAUAGCACUACCACCACCACCACCAGUCUUGAACCAUCUCUGCCCUCAUCGGCAUCACUCUUAUCAUCCCUAUUUCCAACGCUUUCGCAAUCACCCGGCCCGUCCGGCGGCUCGUCCGAUCAAGCAUCCUCAUCCGCGUCCGCUGGCGAAUCUGCGCACAGCAAGAAGUCCAAGCUGGACGUGGAACGCAUCCUGCGCAUACUGCAAGCCGGCCAGACGCCGUCCACAUCUUCAGCUUCGUCGGACCCAUCUGCAUCCUUGCAGCAGCAGCUCCCACCGGAGCUGCUAGCCGGAGGUCCCGAGGGUGAAGAGAAUCCGCUCGGAUCGUUUCUAACCAAAGAUGCCAUCCGCAUGCUGAUGCCAACUCUGCAGGAGGUGAACCACAAGUUUAACGUGGAAAAGCAACUGCAUGCGCUCAAUGCGACAGCGGCGAUGGCGAAGAUAAUGCCAAAAACGCUGCCGCCCGGCACGGACACUACCGAGGAGGACGAGCUGGAGGAGGAUCUGCUGGACGAGGAGGAGGAAGACACGAUCGAGUACAAGUUCACACCGCGCCCGGUCUUCAUAGCAACGAUCUGUCAGGUCUGUAAGAACCCGCUGAAGACUUUCGUCCACUGCGAGCGCUGCAAGAUGGUAUCGUACUGUGGCGAAGAACAUCGGCGCACGGAUCAACCGGCCCAUCGUGAACUGUGUGCGGUGCUGUGUGAAGUAGCCGGCAACAGAGGAGGACACAUUUACCAGCUGGCCCGGAAGCUGAACGUGCCGGAGUAUCGCAAUCUGCGCGUUCACACGCUCAACCAGAUCGAGCUCACGCUCAAGCGCCCCAUGCAAGCGUACGAACGGGAGAUUGUACUGUUUCCACGCAUCUGCCUUACGCCCGAGUGUCGCGAAUGGCGGCAGGAGCUGCUGACAGAGUGUACCGACUGUCGGCAGGUUUCGUACUGUGCGAACAAUCCUACACAUCUGCCAACUUCCCAUCGGCGCUGGUGCAAGGCGUACCUACUCUUCCAGAAGCUGAUCCUGCGACAGCGCAUCCUGGGGCGGAUCGAGCCCGUGCUGCCGUCACGCAUCCUCUCGAAACCGGCCCCACUGCCGGCUAACAUUGACGAAGCGUUCAAACAACUGUACAAAAACUCGACUGUGCCUCGGGAUGAAUGUGUCUACGCCGUACUGUCGCAGAUAGCGACCGCGCCGCUGUCCGCACUGUAUGCGUACCAGCAGACAGGUCUACCGUUCGGCAGCACAUUCACGAUCCAUCUCGUCGGGGCCGAGCUACAGUUCGAGGGCGACACACUGGACAAGUGGGAAGCGUUCUUCCUUCACCUCGUACCGGAGGUCGCCGUACUGCGCGUCGUGUUCGUUGGUCCGGAGCUGAACGUCGAGAAUCUGCCGAUCGAUGUCAUCAGUCGCAUUAGAAUGUGCCGGACCUGCCGGUUGAAGUGCCGCGUGGUAGCGUUCGACUUCCAGUGUCGCACCAUGUACCACGACUACCGGCACAGCUCGCGCUACCAGCGACCGAAUCUCAUCUGCUUCUUCAACCCGGGACUUCACCGUACGACCGGGUUUGCCGGGCAGGACAGCUGGCCGGUAACAAUUCGUGCCGCAACAGAUGCAGGCUGUCCAAUGCUGGUGACCGCCUACACCGAGCUGGAGUCUCCCCUCGAUCUGGACCGGCUGCAGCGUGAGUCGACGCGUGCCCUUCAGGUCGUUCAGCCACCGACGGUCAAUCCGUACGGUUCCAAGCGCCCCGAUCGUAACUUCAUUUCGGACGAUACUGCUCCGAUGAUCUUCAAGAACUACUACUACUUCAUAGUGAAAUAAGAGUGCGAGAUAAGGAGAGAGAGAGAAACUUCCCAACAUAGGACACAUCCGUUCUGCGCGUUCGAUAUAAUGUUCAUGGUUUACACAACUAUUGGUUUUUCGUUUUUGAAUGCUUUUAAUUUCUUCGUUUUCCACUAACUUCGACGUUUCGGCCCCACUUCCCGGGUGUCGCAACACUACACGGUCGAAGUACUUCCUUACGCGUACUUUACUAAAGUGGCACAGCGUCACGAAUCUCCACCCAGUCGUACGAUUGGCAGUUGUGAUUUCAAAAUACGAUGUGCAAAAAUAAAUAAUGUGUAUCAGUGAGUUAAUUUAA